AAAGUACAUGGAGGGCACACACCGUGCUUACUGCAACGGAGGCAAAAGAACAAAGUUUGGUUAGUGUGCACCAACCGACAACAAUUGCGAAGGGCAAUAAGGUGUUUCUUCUUUCGGAAAGCUUUCUUUGGUCGUAUUCAUACGGGAAAUUUUAUUGCGACGGAUUGGACCUUAAACUGGUUGUGGGUACUGUCACGAAUUCUACGGGCGGCGAGCCGAGUAAACGGAUUGAAUGGGGUGCGCCCAAAUUGCUGUUAAGCGUGAACAUUUCCGCUACUUCUUACGAAAGUAAAUUUGAGAGAUUUUUUCCUUCUGGUGGCUCAGGUGUUCUGAUGAACAAUGGCACGCUCGUGUUUCCCGUGGUUGCGUUUGAUGAUAAUGACGAUUAUUCCAUGAUUAUUUAUUCGACGGACGACGGCGCAAACUGGAUGCUUUCGAAUGGAACGUCUCCUGCGAAAUGCUCUAACUCCCGCGUCACCGAAUGGGAGGGAUCACUUCUCAUGAUUGUUGAUUGCGAGGACGGCCAGAGGGUUUACGAGUCGCGUGACAUGGGGACAACGUGGACGGGGACCAUCGGGACACUCCCAGGCGUGUGGACCAAGUCAAAAUCGGCAGCCAUUUUGGAUCGGAGCUUUUAUGUGGAAGCCCUCAUCACCGCGACCAUUGAGGGCAGGAAGGUCAUACUGUACACUCAGCGAGGGAACGCCUUGGGGAACGGAACAGAAGGAGCGCUCUAUCUUUGGGUCACGGACAGUAUCCGCUCGUUUUGUGUUGGACCGGUUGCCAUGAGGGAUGAUAUGAAUUGGUUGUUCACCAGCAACCUGCUGCACUCGGAUGGCAAUCUGCAUCUUUUACAGCAGAGGGAAAACGAUAAAGGCAGUGUCAUGUCGCUUUCUCGUCUGACGGGAGAACUGAGCACAACCAAGUCCGUCCUCAGUACUUGGGCAAAAAAGGACGCCUUCUUCUCCAGCGUUUCUAUACCCACGGCGGGUCUGGUGGCAGUAUUGUCCGAUACGGCCAGCAAUGGCACGUGGAACGACGAGUACCUUUGCCUGAAUGCGACGGUGACGCCUAAUGCAAAGAAGGUCAGAUAUGGAUUUCAAUUGACGGAGCCUAGCUCCAGGGUAUCAUGGUCCGUGAACACUCGGGUUAAUAAUGUGCGUCAUGUAUCCUUGAGCCACAACUUCACACUUGUGGCGUUGGUGACCAUCGAAGAGACUCCGAGUGGGAACACACCUCUACUGACUGCGACGUUGGCGGACACUAAUUCCAAUCAUACCAUGGGACUGUCGUAUACGGCGGAUAAGACGUGGGGGACGGGGCUCAAAGGCAA